AACACAAUCAACAAACGCAAACACAAAAAGAUGGAUUAAUUGGAAAAGAAAAAAGAAAAGGUAGAGGAGAGUCAAAAAGGAACAGCCAUAGUUGAAGAAGAUGAGAGUUAUGGUGGCCAUUGACGACAGUGAAGAGAGUUUCUAUGCGCUCAAUUGGGCUCUUGAUAACCUCUUCCGCGAUAUGGAUGCACCACCUGAGGCAAGUGGCGGUGGCGGCGGCAGCGAGGUGGUGCCGCCCACGCUCCUUCUGGCUAAUGUUCAGCAAGCCUUGCAGCAUUAUGGCGUCCCUAUUGGGCCUGUCGGCGGUGCAGCAUUUUACCCGACAGUCACGGUAACGGAGUCUGUAAAGAAAGCCCAAGAGCAAAUUUCUGCAACAAUUCUCUCUCGUGCAUUGCAAAUGUGCAAGGAUAAGAUGGUUAUUACAGAGACUCUAUCACUAAAUGGAAAUCCCAAGGAUGAGAUUUGUCAAGCCAUUGAGCAAAAGCAUGCAGAUCUCCUUAUUGUUGGGAGUCGUGGUCUUGGAAAGAUUAAGAGGGCUUUCUUAGGAAGUGUGAGUAACUACUGUGCACAUCAUGCGAAAUGUCCAGUUCUGAUUGUGAAGUCGCCAAAGGAUCAUGAGUGAAGCUAGAAAGGGAUGAUACAUAUAGAGAAUGUUUACCUUGGACACUGGAAAUGUUCAUGUUUUUUGUAUUUAAAUUCCUAGACCUUUGAAGGUGUUUGUGUUUUCAAUUCGAUGAUGUUUUUGUUUGAAGUUGACGCAUGAAAUGUUUAUGUAUUUGGUACUUACCAUAAAGUGAUGUUAAACUG